AUGGCCUCCGACCAAGAGCGGGAUCAUGCGCUCCAGUCCCUUCGGACCAAGCUCAUCGAGUCGCGCGAGUGGGAGGCAAAGCUCAAGGCCUUGCGCUUAGAGAUCAAGGGCCUGGCCAAGGACUUUGACCAGACCGAGGAGAACAUCAAGGCCCUGCAGAGCGUGGGCCAGAUCAUUGGCGAGGUGUUGAAGCAGCUGGAUGAUGAGAGAUUUAUCGUCAAGGCCUCAUCAGGCCCCCGAUACGUUGUCGGCUGCCGGUCAAAGGUCGACAAGGUCAAGCUGAAGCAGGGAACGCGUGUGGCGCUCGACAUGACAACACUGACCAUCAUGCGCAUGCUGCCGCGCGAGGUCGACCCUCUCGUCUACAACAUGUCACUGGAGGAUCCGGGCCAGGUCAGCUUCGCUGGUAUUGGUGGCUUGAACGACCAGAUUCGAGAGCUGAGAGAAGUCAUCGAGCUGCCGCUGAAGAACCCGGAGCUCUUCCUCAGAGUCGGCAUCAAGCCGCCCAAGGGUGUCUUGCUUUACGGACCCCCCGGCACCGGAAAGACACUUCUGGCGAGAGCCGUCGCCAGCAGCCUCGAGACCAACUUCCUGAAGGUUGUCUCGUCGGCCAUCGUGGACAAGUACAUCGGAGAGUCGGCCAGGCUGAUACGAGAAAUGUUCGGCUACGCCAAGGAACACGAGCCCUGUAUCAUCUUCAUGGACGAGAUCGACGCCAUCGGUGGACGAAGAUUCUCCGAGGGCACCAGUGCAGAUCGAGAGAUUCAGCGCACGCUGAUGGAGCUCCUCAACCAACUCGACGGGUUUGACUACCUGGGCAAGACCAAAAUCAUCAUGGCGACCAACCGACCCGACACCCUGGACCCCGCCUUACUCCGUGCUGGACGUCUAGACCGUAAACUCGAAAUCCCGUUGCCCAACGAGGUCGGACGCUUGGAGAUCCUGAAGAUCCACGCCUCUGGCGUGGUCACGGAUGGAGACAUCGAUUUCGAGAGUGUGGUCAAGAUGAGCGACGGCUUGAACGGUGCAGACUUGCGGAAUAUCGUCACAGAAGCUGGCUUGUUCGCCAUCAAGGACUACCGCGACUCGAUCAACCAAGAUGAUUUCAACAAGGCCGUAAGAAAGCUGGCAGAGGCAAAGAAGCUCGAGGGUAAGCUUGAGUAUCAGAAAUUGUAG